AACGCACACAGAGCGGUGUUACAUUAAAAUGACUGCUUCAGGCACGGUCGGCGCUCCUCGUUAGAAUCCGUUGCUGCCCCCCUCGGGACCCGCCGAUAUAAAAUGCACGCCUUGUGCGCUUUCUUGUCUCUUGUUUUCGUUCCUCGCUCCGCUCUGUCUCCACCACUCCGCUCACAUAUCCUCCCCACACAAUGAAGCUCACCACCACCUUGGCCUUUGCAGCCAUCGCCCUUGCCUCCCAGGCCUCCGCGCAGGUCCUCUACUACACCCAGCCGACCUCUGCUAGCACCUGGCAAGCUGGUGAGACCGCGACCGUUUCCUGGAACAACGACUGCGAAGAAGUCACCGGAAACACAACCUUCCCCAUCACCUUGAACGUCCAGUCUCCCAGCGGCCUGCAGACCCAGGUCGGCGCGGAUCCCAUCGGCUACCUCGACUGCUCCGACUCUGGUACCACUGAGGUGCAGGUGCCCCUCGUCCCUCAAGGAAGCGGCUACUCCAUCCUGGUUAAAAAUGGUGGUUCCCUGAGCUACUCUGCCCUUUUCACCAUCAACAGCAACAUCACAGGAUCAGCCACGAUAACGACGGCCGGUCCCAGUACGACCGCCACUCUCACGGUGCCCUCAACCACAGCCAUCGUUACCUCCACUUCGUCUUUACCAAACAUAACUGUGUCCACGACAACCACCGGUACUGCCACUCCCACUAAGGCAAACGACGCCACAAUCCUAAAGGCCGGCUCGACUGCAGCUCUGGUCAUUGUAGCUGCUGUUGCGUCCCUGAUGCUCUAAGGAAGCGCGUCGCCAGGAACCGAUUGGACCAAUUUUUCCUUCAUUGUUUAUUGAUAUUGCUAUCGACAUAUACAUAAUAUUUUGCAUCACUUCAUUCAUAACUUUUUUCCGUGGAAUGAUAAACAAAAACAUAACUCAACCUAAUCCUUUCGCCUGCCUCGCUGGGCCACUCCUCCAUUUUUGACCCGUCGACUCUUCCCCCAUCCAUGCCGCCC